AUGGGCAAAACCGCGAUAGCAGCAGCACCACAUGCACACCCAAAGGCGAAGGAGAUGGUUACAUUCCUCAUCUCUCCUUUAAUAGCACUACAGGAGGAGCAGGCUCAGACUUUCGAGACCGAAUUCAAAUUGAAGGCGACCGCAAUCAAUAGUGCGCGGGGAGGGCUGAGCAAGGAAAACAUGACGGAAAUACGAAGAGGGAAAUGGCAGAUAGUAGUCAUCUCACCUGAGUUGAUUCUAUCCAAGGUUUUCAUCAAACACGUCCUUCGUCACCACGAGAUGAGAGGAAGGGUCAUGUCGAUCGUCGUUGACGAAGCUCAUGUUGUAUCACAUUGGGGAACCGACUUCCGAAAGAAGUAUGGCACCCUUGGUAUACUGCGAGCACUGUUGCCAAAAGGAACUCCCUUUGUUGCAAUGUCAGCGACACUCCCAAAUCGAGUUCGAAGUGACUUGCUGUACAAACUCCAUUUCCACAAGAAUGAUUACAUCGACCUCAAUCUUGGAAACGACCGACCCAACGUCUCGAUAGUCGUUCGACCUAUGCACCACCCAAUGAAUACGUUCCGUGACCUGCGCUUUCUGAUACCGGAGAACAUGACCUCACCUUCCGAUAUCAAGAGCGGCUACAUCUACGCGGACCAGUUGACGACAGCUACCGGCAUGAUGGACUACCUCUAUAGCCUCUGUCCAAAAGACCAGAGGUACAAGGGAUUCAUCCGGCCAUACAGCGCUGCGUUCUCUGUAGGGUACCGGCGGAGAGUGAUGGAGCUGUUCAGACGAGGGAAGAUUCGCAUUCUGAUCUGUACUGAUGCAGCCGGGAUGGGUUGCAACAUCCCUGACAUCGACAUCGUUGUGCAAUGGAAGCUGCCGGCCACUGUGUCUUCUUUUGUCCAGCGGGCGGGACGCGCCGCUCGUGCACCAAACCGAACGGGGCUUGCAGUGCUUCUGGUUGAAAAAUCGGUGUACGAAGCUGAUCUUGAAGCUUACUUGAAGGACGGUACACCGACCCAGGUGCAGGAAAGCUCUAAGAAACGGAAGAAAACGGUCAGGCAAUCAACGGAUUAUCCGAAAGCAACAAAGGAAUACGCAAACGAGCACGGCGCGCUGCGUGGACGCCACGAUCCGUCCGACGACAAUAAGUUUGCAAAGAAGGACGUACCGUUGGACCGAGAUUCCAUUGACGAAGGUCUGUACACGCUGGUGCAGACGGGCACAUGUCGGCGAGCAGUCUUGACAAAGAUCUUUGGGAAUCAACCAGCACGUCCAACUGUGCCUUGCUGCGAUAUCUGCUGCCCUCAACUACUAGAUCGCACUCGCCCAGCCCCUCCAGCCACCUCCGAGCGUGCAAAGGCGAUCAAAGGCGGUGUUCCCAACGUUGACGUGAUGUGCAAGUUGAACGACUGGCGCGUUUCGGUUUUCCGUCGAGACUUCGCGGGCAAAGCGAUGUUCACGGCGUCGGGUGUCCUCAGUGAUUCUCUGGUCGAAACGCUCGCCUCCGUUGGACCUAUCACAACCGAAAAAAGGCUCAAGGAGGUUGUUGGUCGGUCGUGGUUGUUGUAUCCCAAAUACCACGCCGAGUUGUUGAUGACCCUGCUGGCCAUGGACAUGCCACCCAUGGUACCCAAGCCACCGAAGGAGAAGUCGAAGGGGAAGAAACGGAAUCGAGAGGAGACCACUAUUAGCAGUCAGAACAACGAGACCGCCAACAUCGAUGGUGAUGGUGGAAGAGAGAGAAGCAAACGACCUAAAUCCGGAAAUUCCCAAGCUGUCAUCGAAGAAGCGCCCAUGCCGUCAUCUUCUGCUGCGACCGUCACGCCAGAACCAUCAACGAGCUCUCUUCCUCCACAGGACCCUGCGUCCACAACUUACCAAAAUCCGUUGAUUCAGCACACCCAACGCCCUACCGCACCGUCCGGAAAUCCUUACUCGACAUUGAUGGCAGUCCCACAGGCCCAGACUUACCCUCGGCUACCUCACCCGAUCCCAGUACAGCAAUAUGUCCCUUAUCCAUUCUAUUACGUUCCUCCCCCACAACCUCAGAUCGUGUAUCACCACCCUUAUCCAUUCCCUUAUCCUCCUCCACCUCAUAAUAUCCAUGGACCUACCUCCUCCUCCUCUUCCCCUCUCCCAGAUACACCCCGCUCGAACACAAGUUAA